GGCGGGCCCUGCGGCACCGGGGGGGUAAGGAGUGGGAAAGGAGAGGGAAAGGAGCGGGAAAGGAGCGGCUCUGCCCCGGGGACCGGCCCGGAGGAGCGGGGCACGGCGGCGACUCCGUCCCAAGUGGAAUUUUCCCGGGAGUUGCGGCGCGGCCGCGAAGUUCUGGCUUGAAACGGGCCGGUGGAUGGGGCUCUUUUGUUUUGGUAUGGCUUGCGGGUGAUGCAUUGUGCACGUACCUCAAGUUUCUCCUACAAGAUGUGUUCCCCAAAUCCAGCAAACUGGGUCACCUUUGAUGAUGAGCCUCUCUUCCAGUCACCUCAGAAACUGGCUAACAAUCAGAGCAGCUGCAAACCAAAUGGCCUUAAGCUCAACCUGUCCAGUGUUCAUGAGUCUUUGAGUAGGUCAUCCUCUACAGGCAGCACUCCGCUCUCAUCUCCUGUAGUUGAUUUCUACCUAAGUCCUGGACCCCCCAGCAACUCUCCACUUACUACACCUACCAGAGACUACCCAGGAAACCCCUGCAUUCCAAAGUCUGGGAUGCACAUGCUGUAUCCCAUCCCUGAAUGGCCAUCAAAUGUUAACCUUCCUCCAUCCCCCGGGAUUUGCUCGUCCCUAGCCUCGCAGAAACUGAGCAGCCUUCCUCUGAACCCCUCCCCUAAUGACCAUCCAGGGAAGGCUUUGGUCUCCAAAUCAGCAGGUGAAGGAAGCCCUAACCCACCAGGAAGCUGUGAGGAGCUGGCUGCAGGACAUUUCCCAUACUUUCACAGUGACUGUGCUUUCUCCAGUCCUUUUUGGAAGGAAGGAUGCUCCCUCAGCGUGUCGCCAGCUAAUGUUAGCAUGCACAGCAAGGACAAAGUGCUUGACAGGAGUGGGUGCCAUCCCAAAGACAAAGAAGCAUGUCAUGAUCAGAAAAGCCUUAACCAGGGCUCCUUCAGUUACAUCUGUGAGAGGCUUGAACACCUGCAAGCUGACAGCUGUGAGGCUGUGGAAAACCCACCCAUCUCCAGCACCAAUGCCUGGCACAAGCUCUCCCACACCAUCCCACACAGCCUUUUCAGGAGCCAGAAAUCAGAUGGGUGGCCAUUCAUGCUGAGGAUUCCUGAAAAGAAGAACAUGAUGUCAUCUAGGCAGUGGGGCCCUAUUUACCUGAGGGUCCUGCCUGGAGGGGUGUUGCAGAUGUAUUAUGAGAAGGGCCUGGAGAAACCUUUCAAGGAAUUCCAGCUGCAGCCGCAGUGCAAGCUGUCCGAACCCAAACUGGAGAGCUACAAUGUCUCAGGAAAAAUCCACACUGUGAAGAUUGAGUGUGUGUCUUACAUGGAGAAGAGGAGGUACCACCCCAAAGCAGAGGUGGUCCAUGAGCCAGAGGUGGAGCAGAUGUUAAAGCUGGGCACCACAGAUUACAACGACUUCACUGAUUUCCUCAUGACAGUGGAGGAGGAGCUCAUGAAACUUCCUCCUGUUCCCAGACAAAAGAGGAAUUAUGAAGAGCAAGAAAUGACUCUGGAAAUAGUGGAUAACUUUUGGGGGAAAGUCACUAAGGCAGAAGGGAAGCUGGCAGAAAGCGCGGUCAUCACCCACAUUUACUGCCUGUGCUUUGUGAACGGCGGCGCCGAGUGUUUCCUCACCCUGAACGACCUGCAGCUCCACAGGAGGGACGAGCGCUACUGUGACAGGGAGCAGGAGAAGAAGUGGAUCGAUAUUCUGGACUGCCAUUUCCACAGCUGUGUCAAAGCACAGGAAUUUCAGCAGUCCCGGAUUAUUAAGUUUACACCCCCAGAUGCCUGCAGGCUGGAACUGAUGCGUUUCAGGACACCCUACAAUGGGCAAGACCUUCCCUUCUCUGUGAAGGCUGCAGUGGUGGUUCAGGGGGCCUGCAUUGAACUUCAGGCUUUCAUAAACAUGUCUUCAGCUGCUCAGAUCCUGACACGUUCAUCACCCUCUGUGAAACACUGUGAAAAUGUUAUGAUACGCUUUCCUGUUCCCACACAGUGGAUCAAAGCGCUUUGGACCAUGAACCUCCAAAGGCAGAAGUCCCUAAAAGCAAAAAUGAAUAGGAGAGCGUGCCUUGGGGCUUUGCAUGAGGUUGAAUCCGACCCCGUAAUCCAAGUCUCUGUUGGAACAGCAAAAUAUGAGAGUGCCUACAGGGCCGUGGUGUGGAAGAUCGACAGGCUUCCAGAUAAAAAUUCAAGUUUGGAUCAUCCACACAGCCUGUCUUACAAACUGGAACUGGGAUCAGACCAGGAGAUACCAUCUGACUGGUACCCAUUUGCUACUGUCCAGUUUGUUGUUCAUGACACCUGUGCCUCAGGAACAGAAGUGAAGUCCCUGGGCAUAGAGAGUGAUCUGCAGCCCCAGAAGCACGUGGUUCAGAAAGCUUUUUACAAUUGCCAGGUUGAAAUUGAAAAGAAGUGGAUUAGGCUUGAUGGAGAAGACCCAGAUAAGGCUGGCAACUGCCUAAUGCAAUGAAAGAGGACAGGAGGCACCAUCAUAGGAUAUUAGUAGGAAUCAAUUUACCUAGGAAAUUCUAUUGUUAGAAGAAGGGCAGUGACCUAGUUUAGGGUAAACACAGUCAUUGACUUUUUUUAGUGCUUAGGGGUUUGAGUCUGCAAAUCAGUACUCAUUUGACUGGCCUGUGUUCAAGUAAACUUCCUGUCAUGGGAGUCCUGCUAUGAGUAAGGUCUCCUUGUCAGAGUUGCAGGAUGUGAGCACUUCAUUGACUGACUAAUGCAUUAUUUUCCUGUUGUGUAUCUGUCACUUGGGAAUGAUCUCACACUCUGUAUUGAAAUCUAAGUGGCACCAAUCAAAGGGUUCAUGUCACUUGGAUAUACAAUAUUCUGUAAUAAAAACUUUCAGAGUGCUUAUGAUCUAUCAGCACCUGUGUAAGGUCCAGAAGGACCAAUUAUAUUUUUUAGUGCUGUCUGAAAACACAAGUUCCUAAUGUUUUUACUCCUCUAGAUAUAUGUGAGCAGAACAAGUCCAAAUAACAUUCUCGACCAAUUAAUGAGUUGGAAAUUGGGUGAUUACAUUGGGAAAAAGGGUCCUCUGCAAUAAUGCUCUUUAUUGUCCUGUGGCUACAACAAUCUCCUCCUCAGCACUUUAUAGGUUCACUCAAUAUAAUCUCUUGGGAAAAAAAAAACAUAUGUCAGAUACUGAAGUUUCUGUGCCAGCAUUAGACAGUUCUUUUUCACUACUGUAGCAAGUGAGAUAAGGGCUGGAUUCUCAGUGAGUGUAAAUCAGUCCAGGCCCAUUUCAUCUGAUGAGACUUGGAAAAUUCACACCAGAGAAGACUUCCCCCCACAAGCUGGAGAAAAACCUGGUUGCUGCUGCUUUCUCUGUGUCUCCCUUAGGAUGCAAGUUCCAGAUGUUGGUAUGGAAACAGCAGGAGCUGUGGCUUUGAGCAACUUUUAAGACAUGCAUGCUCCUGGCUCUAAAGGCAUUUUCCAUGGGGAAAUAAUGCAGGAAUGGACUGUCACAAGAGACAUGAAGCUGUGAUGCUUCAGGCAGCCUGAGCUACUAAUCACUAAUGUCAAUGUGUUAACUGUGUUUUCGACAAACAAUUGGCCUUUAGGGAAAGAUUCUAAUACUUCCCUUCAGCCAUUUUCCCCUUUGCCAUUUCUGCAGGCUGUAAUUCCAGGUCUGAAAAAAUAUGAUAAAUUAAAAAAUGCUCAUUAUUUUUCUUUCUUUUUUUUUUUUUUUUUUUUUUUUUUUAUUUUUGGCUGCAGUUUACUUAACAUUAACCUUACUUCAAACUAAAAUUAGUGGAGAACAAAAAUAUAAAAAUGCACUGCCUCACUUUAUAUCUUUAUAUUUUGUACAGCUUGUAACUGUUUAUAUGAACACUGUGUAAAAAAUACACAUAAAUGGUAUUCCCCAAAAGUAGAAAUAUGUGGGAUAUACACAGAGAAAAUUACCAGUCUGAGGAAACAGAAGACCAUAAUAUGAACCUAGUUCAUCACAAUAAACUUUUCCCCCCAUUCAGAAGCUGAGAAUGAAAUGGGUAAUAGAUUCUAUAGUAAGUCCUGAGGGCAGGUUUUUUAUGGCUAUUGUAUUGCCAGAGCCCCAAAUAGACUAUUAUAGUAUUUGGGCUUCUCUAUAUAUCCCUUUUUAUUAGCAGAUUAUAUUGUUAUAAAUCUAGGCGAGCGUUGGGCUGCAGUAGUGAUCCAAAUAUGUCUCAGCUGUUGCAUUCUCUGUCUGUGCUUUGACUAGAGAAGCUAUUAGCACCUUCAAGUCAUGUUUGGUGUGUUUUAUUCAUAUUUAAUUUUGGAUUUUAUUCUGCUCAGCUGAGCUAAGGGGCACAGCACUGCCACCAGGGCAAAGUGUUUGUACUCAGCAACGUGGCAAGCUCUGCAGUUUGCUCAAGUCCAUGGCUGUACUACAGCUACAAUAUUUAUUAACCUCUUUGCUCAGUGAGAUAGAGGAAGCAAAAUAUGCAUUGCAAUUACCUGCAGUUACCUUUGUCCAAGGCUGACUUGUUUUAUUGGCAUUAAACAGCUAAUUCUGUAAACCUGUUAACAGUGGUUGCUCUCCAAAACCUGUCUCGCCCAGCUGGCCCCUAUUUUUCUGUUUUAAGAAGGAGGAACCUGAAUAUCUCCAUUCCAUCUCUUGCCUUUUAGGAUCUCCAUUCACAGCACUCACCUCCUGGGCAUUGAUUACCUGGUGGUGUUACAGGUCCUGCAGAAGCUGUGGCUGCUUUUCUGCUCUCAGGUGUCUGCUGUGUCUCAGGAUGUGUUUAAGGAGCCUGUGUUGGCCCUUCAAGAUACAGGCUGUGGUUUGCAAUGAGUGGCUUAAAUAGUGAAUGACCACCAUUCCUGCUAGAGAGUUGUAUUGAGGUGCAAAUGAUAAUUCAGACUUACUGAACUCGGUAACAUAAAAAGGUCAAGCUACGGCUUUUUCUGUGUUGCAAACCCCUGGAUUUUCAUCUGAGGCUUGCAGGACUCAUGAUUAACUUUAAUCAGAAUUAGAUCAGGAUAACAGGGAAUUUUUUCCACAGAAAUACUGCCACACAAAGAAAGUUACUCUGUUUCAUGGCUUUCAGUUUAAACUGGAAAAUUAGUGCAGCCUAAGAUUAAAUAAUUGCUCUGUUCAGUCUCAAGUUGAUGUUUAUAUACCUUUAUGUCAGAAUAUUUAGAAAUAGGCUGCAGUUUAAUGA